AUAGAGCGGCGCAGCGACGGGCGGAGGGUUGGUUGGUUUCUAAGGCUGCCGCCGCCGCCGCCUCUCUUCCUCUCGCCGUCCGAGCCGGCAAAAUGGUGCGCGGGCCUGAGAAGCUGGCUGGGCCGCCACGAGCCAACGGCUGCAGCCUCCCCGGCCAUAAGAACGGCUUCGUCCGCAGCGCCCCCGAGCCCCACAGCCAGAUUCACCAUAUCACUCAAAAUGGAGGCUUAUAUAAAAGACCUUUCAAUGAAGCUUUUGAGGAAACACCAAUGCUGGUUGCUGUACUAACUUACGUAGGCUACGGAAUUCUCACUCUUUUUGGAUAUCUUCGAGAUUUUCUGCGCUACUGGAAAAUUGAAAAAUGUCAUAAUGCAACAGAAAGAGAAGAACAAAGGGACUUUGUCCCUUUAUACCAGGAUUUUGAGAACUUCUAUACAAGGAAUCUCUACAUGCGGAUUAGGGAUAGCUGGAACAGACCAAUCUGCAGUGUACCAGGAGGCAAAGUAGACUUGCUAGAAAGGGUUUCUCAUGACUACAAUUGGACAUUCACGUACACAGGAAAAGUAAUAAAAGACAUAAUUAAUAUGGGAUCCUACAACUAUCUUGGAUUUGCAGAGAAUGCUGGACCUUCUAAGAUUCCAGUGACUAAGGUUCUGUCACAAUAUGGAUGUGGCAUGUGCAGCACAAGGCAAGAAAUGGGAAAUGUGGACAAACACGAAGAGCUGGAAACUUUACUGGCAAGAUACCUUGGUGUGGAGUCUGCUUUGGCCUAUGGAAUGGGAUUUGCAACCAAUUCCAUGAACAUUCCUGCUUUAGUUGGCAAGGGCUGUCUCAUAUUGAGUGAUGAGUUGAAUCAUGCAUCUCUUGUACUGGGAGCAAGACUCUCAGGAGCAACAAUUCGAAUCUUCAAACACAACAAUAUGCAGAGUUUGGAAAAAUUACUCAAAGAUGCCAUUGUAUAUGGGCAGCCUCGCACACACAGACCCUGGAAGAAAAUUCUCAUCAUCGUUGAAGGCAUAUACAGCAUGGAGGGAUCGAUUGUCAGGCUACCUGAAGUGAUUGCUCUUAAGAAGAAAUACAAAUCUUAUUUAUAUUUGGAUGAAGCUCAUAGUAUAGGAGCACUGGGUCCUAAUGGCCGCGGUGUAGUGGAAUAUUUCGGCCUUGAUCCUGAGGAUGUGGAUAUUAUGAUGGGCACAUUCACUAAGAGCUUUGGAGCUGCUGGAGGAUAUAUUGGAGGCAAAAAGGAGCUGAUCGAUUAUCUUCGUGUCCAUUCACACAGUGCAGUAUAUGCUACGUCGCUAUCCCCUCCUGUUGUUCAGCAAAUAAUCACCACCAUGAAGUGCAUUAUGGGUGAAGAUGGCACAACGCUUGGUAAACAGCGCAUACAGCAGUUGGCUGAGAAUACCAGAUACUUUCGUAGGCGGCUUAAGGAAUUGGGCUUCAUCAUCUAUGGAAAUGAAGACUCUCCUGUUGUACCUUUAAUGCUGUAUAUGCCAGCAAAAAUUGGUGCAUUUGGACGAGAGAUGUUGAAACGGCACAUAGGUGUCGUUGUUGUCGGUUUUCCUGCCACACCAAUCAUUGAAUCCAGAGCCAGAAUCUGUCUGUCUGCAAUUCAUACCAAAGAGAUACUUGAUAUUGCUUUAAAGAAAAUAGAUGAAGUUGGAGACCUCUUGAUGUUGAAGUAUUCCCGCCACCGACAGGUACCGCUCCUCGACCGACCUUUCGAUGAGACUACAUACGAAGAGACUGAAGACUGAGUUCUUUCCAUGUCUUUUUUCAGACAGGGCACACUCCUCAGAACUCUGUGUGACUCAGAGGCCAAGGACCUUGAACCCAACACUUAACGACUGCUUAGCUUAAACAGAAUGACUUUUUACUCACAAAACUGAAGUGGCCACAGCAGCUCUACGUGGUGUGUUGUAAUGGCAAAACAAACCCUGGCUUUUAUUCUGUUGCUUCGAGGUCUUGCUCUGAAAAAGAGCUUUGCUUACAUUUUUUAAACGCUGCUCCCUUAUUUAUUUGUCACAACAACAUCCCAGUGACAAUUAUUGGCAGUGAAGGUGUUCCCCAACAUGUUUCCAGGGGGGGCAUUCCUAAUGUGACACAGUAUGCUGCAGUGAUUCUGUCACAACAUUUCCUUUUUUCAUGACUAAAAGUCUAAUCUUCUUGAGAGUGCAAGACCAGGCAGUUUGUUCAGUCGAGGCUUCUGAGGAAAUUGUUGACAGCUAACUUAAAAUAUAUUUAACACGAAAUAAUCAACCAAAGUAUUUUCUUUUUCCAUUUAUGUUGUCAUUUUUUAUCUUUUUUGUUAUUAAAAUGAUGGUUGCCUUGCCACACGAGAAACACGGGCACAAAACAGGAAAUCUUCCAAGGCCUUAACCAUCUUUAUAUUUCAGUCUGAAUUCCAGCUGUUGUAGGGUAAGUAGCAAAGAAUGUUUUAGGGCAGCACAACUCUUUAUAUGGAAAUUUCUCUGAUAUAGAAUCACAUGCCAACUCUGAUAUGCAGCCACUAUUCCAUUGCCCUGUAUCAGUUCUGUUGUUUGCUGGACCAAUGAGUGUCUAGUCUCUUCUGGCAUUAGCUCUUGGGGGCAGAGGCCAAAGUCAGAUGGAUUGAGUAGAGGGGAAAGACUUAAACAUAAAAGAUUCCUUACUUUCCCUCUUUUCAUGUCACAACAUUCCUCUUCUAUUUCCUGACAAAGCUAGAUUUUUAUUUUUUGCCUGAAUGAUGCAUUUUUGCAGAACGUGAAAGCAUGAACAUUGAAGGCAGAAGACUUUUCUUGAUUUUUUUCAUUGCUUUAGCCAAAUUAACUGCUUAUUGUGGCCACAGAAGGUAGAUAACAUGAGGCCAAAUCCACAACACUACUAUGCUCAGGUAGGUUUGCCUGGAUUGUUUUGGGAAAUAACUUUGAGAGCAAUCUGUGUAUGAAGAACAAACAUGAUUCUCCAUGAUAAAGUAGACUCUUAGUCUAUUGGGAUUCUGUUGAGAGAUAUCAACCAUUUAUUUGACAUCAGAUAAGAGUUCCCAUAGCAUCCCUGUGGAUUCCUGUAGAUUUUUGCCUUAAGAUGCUCAGAAUAGUGCUGGGCGGAGGGGAAAUGAUGUUGGAGGACUUCCUUUUCAGAAGUGAGACAGCAAUUGAUCUUGGAAUACAAGUUGCACUUUGUUUUAAAAAUGGCUACACUGUCUUCAAGUGAGUUCAGUUUACUGUGUAUUGUUAUGUUUUGAAUUUUGAAAUCAUAUAUGAGCCAUUCAUCAGUAAGGGUACAGUAUAUGAUCCUUUUGCAUGUGUGCAUUAUGAAGUCACAGCACAAUGGAUUACCUUUGUAUUCUUUAACCACAGAACCCUUUUCACAUUUUGCACCUUGAAGACUUCCCCACUUGCAAAUGUGUAAUGCUGGACAUUAGUGAGCAGCUAAAUAUUUGCUCAAGGAGCUGAUGCCUCAAAUGUAUUGGCCUUUGCUUUCAGCUUCAGUGUGGCAUGAACCUCAGUUAUGUCAGAGUUAGGAUUUUCUUGGUAUAGCUUGUUGGAAAUAAGAAAUCCUGAAAAAGGACAACAGACUGCACUUACUGAUAGUUCGCAGAAUAGUUUGCCAAGGUCUGAAAUGAAGGGGGAGGAGAAUUCUAAGAGCACUUGGUCUUACGUUUUGAACAUGUGAAUAUCAAAAGGCUCUGUUCUGCCUGACUGCUGUGGGGCCUUAGCAAUGAUAACAAAAUGCAAAGAAGAGGGAAAUUAAUAAUACGAGUAUCUGUAAAUGUUUUUGAAGAAUACUUCAACUAAACUGGUUUAUUCACUAAAAAGUGCUUUUAUUAGUAAUUAUGAUUUUCACCUUUAUUGGAUGUUAAAAUGCUUCUCUUGAGAAUCUGCCACCCAUCAUUCUUCCAUUCAGAAUUACUGAAAAAUAUUGACUCUGGGAAUGGUUUUUGCGUCAUCAAGCUACAUAUUAUGGUUGUAUCAGGAAAUGUUAGUCUUUUAUAUAAACACUCCAUUCUGCCGAAAAAAUAUAUAUAUGAAGGAAGUCAAAUGUACAUGCAUCAUAAUUUCCUGCAACAACUAGAAAUGUAGCACUUCCAUUGUAUACAGUCUGGACACAGGAUUGGACCAAAUAUAAUAAUUAAAUGUUUUGCAAAUUGUUCCUUAUAUUUCAGAACUUGCUGCCACUGAACUGAACUAACUUUAUUCUCUACAUAGCUUUUGACACCCAAAAUGAAGCUGAACCUUUUUCAUCAGAAAAUAAUAAACUGCAAUAUUUUUCCUUCCCACUAAAUGGAAAUGCACUUAUAUCAUCACAGAGCAAUCUUAAGAUAGAACAGAGUGGUCUAAAGAAGAGAUCGCUUGUACACAGUAAAUGCAGUCUGUUUUUUUUAUCAUGGUUUUACUGUUGUGUUUUCACAACUGCUUUUGGAGAAGUACUUCAGCAAUAACUGCAAGCAAGAUGAACUAAAAUACAUUUAGCUGAAUACAUUUAGCAGGUAUUAUAUCUUGAGUAUUUGGGCUAACUUUGGAUUCAGAAUUGAGGAAGAUAAUUAGAAGAAGGGAUGGUAGUGCAAUAUAUCUCAUACAUAGCAUUCAAUAGAACCGUUUAGCACAAAGACUACAUGUCCCUAUCAUAAUGAUUUCUCUUCACAGGACAGUUUAUACUGCCACUCUGUAAUGGUGGUUUCUAAUAUACAGUGUAAUUGGAUAAGGUGCAUGAGAAUGAAAAGGACAACUUUUCCUACUGUAUGACUGUUCCUUGAGAAAGCAGAUAGAAUUUCAUGGCAGGGAAACCAGAUGCAAAGGACAGAAAUACCAUGUGUUUACAUGGAGAGUAUUCCAAAAGACCAUCAUUGUAGCCUAGUUUAUCCACCAAGUUUGUUUGCACACUUGAAAAUGUAGAGCUUGUUGCUUCAUUUACAGCUUCUAUUGUACCAAAGGCAAAAUAGCUCGAGUUGGAGCUCUUAAAGUCCUCAUUAAUGCCUGAUCCCAGUCCACUAAAUUCUUGUAUCAGAUCAAUUGCUCUUGCACAUUGAAUGUUAUGAACACAUAGCCUGAGAGAACUAGGAAAGAUCAUUUGCUAUGUGGUUAUUUGUUGUUUUUCAACCAUACCAAAAUUAAGAGAGUGGUCAUUCCCCAAUCCUAGCAAAGUUGAGAACCAAGAGGAAAGGGGCUUAUAAUAGGGGGCUUAAGGGACGAGCAAAUGAUUUGGCUGGCAGAUAUGACAGCUGCUUUCCUUCAUGUCUCAAACAUCACUUUGUAGAAUUAAGUCCUUUAUCAAAGCUUGAAAAGCUUGUCACCAAAUUACUGUCAUGGCUUUUUAAAGUUUUCAACAUCUGGAUACUGCUUGCUGUUAUGGACCUCUCUCUACUUGUGUGCUGGCUGUCUCAGGACCAGAGUAUAAAUAUGGGAUCAUUGGACAUUGUUUCCAUUGUGGUGUUUUGUUUUCUCUUUCUUGGAAGAUGAAAUUCAUGUAAUGUACAGUGUGUGUUUAUCUGCAGGCCAAAUUGCCCCCGACUCAUCAUCUUUUUUUUUGCACUGGUGUGAAUUCUAGAGCAUAUGUAACUUAGAGUGUGUAUGAAUUGCAAAAAAAAAAAAAUGUGCAUAUAUUUUCGUUUUUAAAAAGCUUUUUAGUUUAAGAUCUUUAUUUGAGAUUUUCAUAUAUAAUAAGAACAAAGACUCAAAGGUCAGUGAAUCAAAUGAAAAGAAAAAUCAAUACAAAUAAAAUGAAACAUAGUAAGUAUAAAAGCAGUAAGGAAAAGUAUAUAAAAUUUAUCUCCAACCUUCCUAAUGAUGAUUAUAUAGAACUAAAUUUUAAAAGACCUCUCCAAAUAUAAUUAACAUGUAUCUUCUUCACUACUCAAACUAACCCAUUAAUUAUAAAAGUAAAUAUCAAAAUCAAUAAUUUCUCAUUCUAUUAAAAAAAACCCGAUUAAAACUUCGUGGUUCUGUGAAAAAGUCACCAAUGGUUGUUCCGUAAUCAGAAUUCUAACAUUUUUCCAUUGCAGCUAAGUCCAAACAUUUGAACCUUCUUUAUACUUUGGUAUAAUUGUAUUCUUUCAUUUCUGCACUUAGUCUUGCUGCUGUGGUCAUAUAUCAUAUUUAUGAUAUAUGAUCACAGCAUAUUUCUUCUCCAUUUGGUCCUCCAGCAAUAGAUAUCAAUCAGGUUUCACCUGAAAAUUAACUUGCAAAUUGUAUGUAUUCGAUUUCAGAAUUUUUGGGCAAUCCGCAAGUCCACCAUAUAAAAGAUCCCACAUUUCCAGCGUAUAUUAAAAACUCCUUUAUGAAUUUGGCCAUUUUUUUCUGAUGUUAAAUACCAAUUGUAUAUCAUCUUAUAAAAAAAUCUCUUUCAGAGCAUAACAUUAUAGAAAUUCCAUUCCUUUUGGCCAUUGUUCUAACCACAGUAUCCAAAAUAUUGUGGCCAUUUCAUCAUAUAUUCUUUAACUUGUUCUUCCAUUUUUAACAAAAGUAUGCAUCUUACUAAUCAAAUGUUUAUCAUCAGUUCACAAGUGUCUAAAAUUCUGAUUUGUUUAACUCAGAAUAAUAGUUUCUUGUCCAUAUUUGUCUGUAAAAUAUCAAUUAUGACUGUGAUGUGACAACACACUUUCCAAGUGUUUACACUAUCACUGUUUCUUUCCUUUUUGUAUCUUUAACGUUUUCUCUUUCUUACCUCAGUCUAUGCAUAAACCAUCUCCUGGAUUUAUUUGCAAAUUUGAAAUUCUAUUGUUUAGCACAGGGUUCUCAAACUGUGCUCCACAGAGCCCUUGGAGCUCCAUGGGUGUGAGGGGCUCCGCAGCUCCAUUCUGCUUCCCACAUCCUCCUCUUUUCUCCUCCUUCUGAGAAAUGCAGGGAAAUGAAAGUUUUGAUUUGCUGGAGAGAGCUGCAGCAACAGCAGUGUCCUCCUGGGGCACAGAUUCUUUCUCCCCUGCCUUCCUCACCACCCAGAUUUUUUUCUCACUGCCCAGACCCUUUCCCUUUGCCUCUCACUGCCCAGAAUCCUUUCCUUACUGCCCAGAUCCUUUCCUCCUGCCUCCCUUGCUGCCCAGUCUUUUUCUUCCACCCCUCUUCCCCUGGCAUUGUUUACUUCCAAAACCUUUUCACUGCUCAGGGGGUGCUUUGACUAUUUUUCUCCUCCAUGGCAAGGGAUGGGACUGGAUGACCUCUGAAGUUUCUGCUGUUAUUAUUAAUUAUUAUUAUUAAUAAUAAUAAUUACAAAGGCUGGAUGCCAUCUGUUGAGGGUAUUUCAUUUGUGCUUUUCUUGCAUGGCAGCAGGGGGUUGGACUGGAUGGCCCUGGGGGUCUUCCACUGAAAUACUGUUAAGUGUAUGUUGGUUAGAGUUGUUUUUCAUUUUAAAUAUUAUAUUGUUAUUUUUUCUUUCUUUCUUUCUUGCCUUUUUUUCUUUUUCUUUUUUCUUUUUUUGCACUGUGUGAAUUAGCUCACGCAAACACUCUCCAUCCAUCUGCCACUGUCCUGGACCAUGCCUGAUAUAUAUACAUUAAAUAUAAUAUGGUAUAAUAUAUAAACAUUUAUUGGGACUCCACAAGAAACUUCUGCUUCAAAAAGGGCUCUGCAGCUGACAAAGUUUGAGAACCCCUGAUACAGCAUUUUAAUUUUUUUUUAUUUCACUUACCAUCAUCAUUAACACUUGACUUUGCAAUAUUUUUACUGUUCACUACCUUGUUCAUGAUGAGAGUUACUUCAUUCUUCUUUUUAAUCACUGGCUAUAAUAAUUGCAUCUUUGCUAUUGCUUCCUUUUUAAUUCCAUAUUCUGGUUGUACAAUAUUAAACUUGAGUGCCAUACCUUUCUAAUAAUGUUCAUGCCUUUAUCCAAGCUGUCUUCAAAAUAUUCUAUCAAAUUUUGUAAUUCCAUUAGCUAUAGUCUGUGAGAAGAAACCUAUCAUUCUCAAAAGCAAUCUUACAUAUUUCAAGGAAAAAGUAUAUUCUUUAUCGUCUUCAUGUUUAAAUCUCCAACUGCUUACCAAUACCAAACUGAAAAAAGGUUUUGAGAAUUUGCCUUGUGUAAUCUUUAUAUUUUUCUCAAAAACUGUCCAUUUGAGGCUAAAUCACUCCAUUCCAUCUCCCAAAAACAAACAAUUAUCAUAUGAAUAAUUUGAUAAUGUAUCAAUUAAUCUAUCAUAAAAUGAGUUUUAUUCUCCUUAAAAUUGAUCAAUCUGAACUCCCACGUACCUACGCCCUUAUCUUCGAUUAUUUUAAAAGCAGCUUGUGUGUAUUUUACAUUUUGAUGUAUCAUAAGUUUAGAUUGGCUUGAAAGGUCUUUGCAGUGAUACUAAAAGGAAUACUGUUUCUUUAAUCGGAUGUGUUGCAAUUUUUCCCCCUGAAAGUGUGUCAGACUGGUUUUUUAAUAUGUAAAAGGCCUUAAUCUACUUAAUUUUUGUCCUGUAGAUCAUUAUAUUUCCGAAUGUGGUUUGCCCUUUAGCGCUCUAAACUGAUAGAUAGGCCAGUCAAUCAAGCUUAAAGUAGUGAAGGAUGGCAACUAAUUCUCAUUAAGUCUUCAAGACUUGCAGUUUAAUGUACAAGGUUUACUACAUCUGUUUUUUCAAAUAAUUUUACAGCAUAUUAUCCUCUUGCUAUAUUUCAUCAAAAAAUUAUAUUAUCCUAAUAUACUAAAUAUUACUUGUAAUCUCAUAAAAGGUUAACAGCAAUAGUUACCAUUGAAUCUAACAACAUGGCCAAAAUAAACAUGAAAUACAGACCUUUGUUACCUACAUCCUGGCUUCCUAUCUUUGGACUUUACUAUAGGAAGCAUUUCAUAAAUAUAGCCUUAAUUUGAUUGAGUGAUUCUUUCAUAUUGGUUUACUUUGAGCACGGUUGAUUCAGCAAGAGCAUUGUAAGAGGUCCAGACUUUUAAGAACCACUUUUGUCUCUAUUAUGUUGUGCAUAGCAUGAUCUAGUUGAUUUCUUUGGAGACAGCUGUAUGAUUAAUGACAUGAUGGAAGAUGACUUUUGUAUGUAUAUAGCUUACUUGGCUAGUUGUCUACUCAUCUGUUGACACAGGUGUUUCUCUAGAACAGCUGGAGUAUUCCAAAAUGUGAGGUGGCUACCAAAACACUGUCCAAAGCAAAAUGCACUGAAGUAUAGAAACCUUCUUUGUGUGGUUUGUUUGCCAAAUACACUUUUGGCCAGUAUUUCAGCAACCCCUGUAUCAAAACCCUCUCCUCCAUUCAUGUAUGGCUGUAGAAGAGGGGAAAAUUUAGGAGUGUGGGGGACGACAAACAUAUGGAGUCUGAGGCUUAAGGCUGAUCAGCCUCAAAGCUAAUGGUGGCCCAUAUUCUCUACAGACUAGAGCAAGCUUGUCCUCCAAACAGUAACUCCUAAGUCUUAAAUUGCACUGUGCUGCUAUGCCUCUCUGGUAAUAAUGUAUAUAUAUAUCCUAGAUUUUUUUUAUAGAUACUAACAUUUGAAGUAAAAUUUUAAUUACCUCCCCAAGAUGUUUUCUUUCAGAAAUAUGCCUUUUUUACACCUUGAACAAAUAGCACAAUGCUGAGUACCAUGUGGGGAGGGCGGAGGCAGUGAAGCAGAUCCUGCAUUGGCUUUGAAGAAGGAAAUAAUGCAUGUUAAGCUGAGAGAAACUGCUUGACAAAAUUUAGUUAUGUUCUGCUUAUUAAAGACUUCACACAAAAA